AUGGCUGCACUAACACAAGUUAUUCCUCUACCCACUUCCGUGGAGAUAGUGGAAGUGUUGGCAGCAAGAAGGGCUCUUAUCUUUGCCUUAGAGCUCGGGUUUGAUCAUGUCAUCCUGGAGGACCAUUCUGAAAUUGCAAUUCAAGCUAUGAAUUCAGAGGACUACUCGGCUGCACCCUUUGGGCAUAUAAUUUCAAAUAUAAAGGCCCUUUCUUCCCACUUCAGGUCCUUGGUUUUCCACUAUACUCGAAGACAGGGAAACAAAGUAGCCCAUAGGCUAGCUCGGGCAGCUUGUAAUUUUUCUUCUUCUUUUUGUACUUGGAUAGAGGAAGUACCUGUAUGUUAUUAUGCAGACUACUCUGCAGAAAUUAUCAAUAUCACGUAA